UUUGUCAUUGUCAGGCGUCAUGAAAAUUUUUGAUUAUAAAUUAGUCAUUUUGUCAUUUCCAUUCUUUCUAGCUAGUUUUAGAAUUGAAUUGAGAAUCUUUUGAUAUUUUAUAAUGGUGGUAAAAUUUCCUCCUGUUACACAGGAGGUAAAGCCUCUUGCACAUCUUUUAAAACUGGCCGAUGAGCAUGACGAAAGAAAUUUAGUAGUAGCCUACUGGGCUAGAAUGGCAGCCUGCUUGUUAGCUCUUCAAUUAGUUCCUGGCAAGAAGAGUCCAGAGACAGCAGCACUGAUAAAAUCUUUAUUGGAUUGGUUAGAACAAACAAAACAAGCAAAUGCUGAUAAUGAGGGAAUUACAAGUGAAACUAUAGCACAGUCUCUCAUUGAAGAAUAUGCUCUACGAUUGUUUAGUCAUGCAGAUGAACAGGAUCGUGCUGAAAUAUUUAAUAAAAAUACUGUAAAGACCUUUUAUACUGCUGGUAUGUUGAUGGAUGUUCUAGACCAAUUUGGUAAUCUAGCUGAAGACAUAAGAGAAAAGCGUAAAUAUGCUAAGUGGAAAGCAGCUUACAUCCAUAAUUGCUUAAAAGCUGGGGAUACACCAAUGCCUGGUCCACCCAGACCAUAUAAUGAGGAAGAUUCUGAUGGUAUUGUACACAACAGUCAAUUGACUCAAGAAGAGCUUUCUACAUUUGCAAAAUAUACUGGACCUGGAACUAUUGAUGUUCAACCAAAGCCAGCAGAUCAACCUCUUCCUCCAUUAGAUGAUACAUUUAACCCUUCAAAGCCUCUGAUCCCCCCUGACGACUCUUUCACUCAUGCUCCUGCUUCAUCCCCCAUAACUCCUCAAUACCCAACAAAUAUUCAACCUCAAGUCCCAUCUCCAUACAAUCCUCCCCCAUCAGUAUCUUCUCCAUUUGAUGCAGUACCUUCUACCCCAUCUCCAAGUGCAGUGAUUCCCAGCCCCCAGCCAAGACAAUCACCACUAUCAACUGGGUACACUCCAACAGCCCAAGACAUACAAAAGGCACAGAAGUUUUCAAAAUUUGCCACAUCAGCCUUAAAUUAUGAUGAUACUAAGACAGCUUUAGAUUAUCUUCAGAAAGCCAUGAAUUUGUUAGUUUGUGGAAAAGAAGAUUGAGCAAUUUUAUUGAUAGAUUUGUAUAUGCAAUUUUUAAGAGAUAUUUGUUGUUGACUUUAUCAUUAAUCAAACAACGGUAUGAAAAUGUAUUAAAUAAUACAGCUCU